UUCAGGAAUUACUUUUUAAAGAGAAUUCACAAAGUUCUACAAAAAUCAGAUCCGGUUUAUGGGGACCGUUAUUCAGUUGAUCUGGAACUUGGCCUUCCUCACACUGAAAAAUCAUAUCGCUUCUCUGAGCACGUGUAUCAAAAAAAGGGAACGAACAGUUUAUGUCUUCCCAAGGGAAUCGAGUGGAACAGAAACGCCACGGUUUACAUAAUACUCCCUGUCAAAGAUCAGGGAAGAUGGGUCUAUCAUUUCAUCAAUGAUCUCACGGUUGCCAGCUUAUUAACGGGUGAUAAGAACUUCCACGUUAUUGUUGCUGAUUUUGAGAGUCACGAUAUCGACUUGGCCAAAGCGUUCGACACUGCCCUUCUGAGGAGCAGGCACACUAUUAUCAACUUGACCGGUAAAUUUUACAAGACGCUGGCGUUGAACAAAGCUGUAGAGCAAGUACAAAGUGCGCAUGAUCUGUUGUUCUUGUUUGAUCUUCACAUUGAUGUGCCCGUUGAUAUUCUGGACAGCGUGCGAAAGGUGAGUUGAUACUGGCCUACGUAGCAGGCGCCGGUAAUUACCUUAUUACAGGCCUAGAUUUCUUCCUUCGGCCUUGGAAAAACCUGGCGCCUGCUACGCAGUUUAAGUUCAUACGUGUUGUUAUAAACUGGGCUUUUCGCAUGACGUCACGUCCACCGUGGUGUCGUUAAUUAAUCCUGUAGAAAUUGAACCUUUUUCUGAAUUGUAAAAACUUUUCCUCGUUCCAACAAAUUUGCAUAGUUGUUAGCCUCGUGACUGAAAACGUUCUAUAGCAAGAUACACUUUUUUUGCAAUUGCGGAUAACUUCCCAUUUUUUUUUUUUAUAUCAACACCGUUUUUGCAGUACGUGUUUUCAAAGAUCUAAAUGUCAAUUGUCUGUUGCAUUUUAGAGUAAAACGUUAUCGUCAAUUUUGUUGGAGAAUUUCUUCCAACAACACUGUCAGAUUUCUUGUUACGUUUAAGUGACAAGAUCGAGUUUGGUUUCGUUAUUUUCAACAGAACACCAUAGAAGGAAGAAUCGCUUUCUUUCCUGCAGUGGGACGUCUAGACUGUCAAAGUACAUAUAUUGAUCAUCAAGGCUUUUGGCAGAUGAACGGGUAUGGUCUUCUUGCUGUAUAUAAAUCGGACUGGAUGCGUUUUGGCGGUAAGUUCAAAGAACAUCAUCAUCAACCGUCACAGUUGAGUCACGUGAGUUACCUAUUAAAGGGAACCUCCACUCUUACUACAGAAUAAGUUUAAAUCGAAUAAAAUUCUGUUGAUAAACAAAUUUGUUCGAAAUUUGUCUUUAAAAAAGUGUUUAUAUCAGGAAAAGUGAAUUUUAAAAUCGCUUAUUUUCACUUUCAAAUUUCGCGGGCGCCGCCAUCUUGAAUAAUUGUGACACGUUACGGUUGCUCUAUUGUUCUGACACAAAGAACUUUUGUUUAAUAACAAUAGGGCAACCAUUACACGUCACAAUUAUUCAAGAUGGCGACGCCCGCAAAAUUUGAAAACAAAAAUAGGCGAAUCUAAAAGUUAUUUCUUUCGGAUACAAACGCUUUCUUUAAAAAUAUUUUAGAUUGACUUGACUGUAACAGUUAUUUCCUGUGAUUUAAAGUUAUCUUUUUGUUGAAGUGGAGGUUCCCUUUAAUACAGACCUGAAGCAUCGGCGACGAAAGAGACGACGGAGACGAACUGCACCGCGAAAGGACUGGAUCGAGAACGUCGUUCACGGCGAGAAAAUUCCAGAGAUAAGUGUUCAAAAUGUCUUUUCACGGUCUGUCCUAAACGUUCCAUGGUGCUUUGCCUGUGUUCCUCUCCAGCUGCUCCUUCUUCCUUUUCUUUUUUUUUCACCUCGGAGAUUUUUUGUCUACCAACUUCUCCUGUCAAUGAUCUCUUCGAGAGCCAGGUCUAGUUCGGUAUCUUUGCAAGUGAUUCCAGUGGCAUUUUCCUCCUGGCGUAUUUUCGCUUUAUGCUUGGUAAUCAGCAGGGUCAGUCUGACUCUCAUCGAUCUUUGAUUGACUUUGAAUUUCGGGUGAUCAAGGUCACUCAAGUUUACAGUUAUCUGGUUCCACACAUCUCCCCUUUCCUUGCUUCUAUGCGGAUGUUGGUAGGGUUCCAUAACUAACACUUCUCGGCAUACAGCACAAAAACAUGUUUGUCUGACCAUUCCAUCUCCUUUACAAAGAAAACUAGAAACAAAGGUUACUAAUGUUUCGAGACAAAUCAAAGUCUUAGAGAGAAAAAGGGCGGAACAGAUUAUGAUUUAGCAUCUUUUUGACCUGUAAACCUUUUUGCUUCGCGAAAAGCUAGAAAACAUAAACAAGAAAGCUUCAAUGCGACUCGCUGGUGCUUGUUUACGAAGUCCUAUAUCAAUCGAUUUUCUGGUGUUUUUAGUACAAAAAUACAAAGAACAAAUACGUUGAAAGUCGAACACGCAGUUGGGAUGAAAUUUCUUUCAGGAAAGUUGAUUGAGGGGGUUAAAAUACGAGUAAAUGUAGUCACUUUCACUGCUGGACGCCAAACCAGCGAGGAUGUGCAGUAGCGUUCAACUCGCCUCAGCCACUUCCGGUAGGUCGUCGUCGUCCCAUUCGUCGUCAAUGCUCAAGGUCCCUAACUUUUUUUUUGGGCUCCUACUUAAAGAAUAGGAGAACUAUUGAAGAGGGCCACAACUUCAUUUCGAGCUAACAAACGAUAGAGCAGGUAUUUUAUUUCAUGACUUAUGUAGAAAGGUCGCGGCUAGGAAAUUCGCGUUGAAAACUUACAGAUUGUAAUUUAAACCACGGUUUGUGUAAAUAAUCAGUAACGAAAAAGGCUGCUCUUAAAAUAUAAUCCAGAGGCCUACGCCGGGAAAGAUUAAACUGGUGAGCUUCCAAUUUUUUGUAUAGGAGAGAGAUGAAGCUGUUUCUCUUGUCCUUACGUAAAAUUGUAUGGGACAAAUCGUAUUUUUUUAACUGCUUAAUUUUGAAAGGAAUGAAUACCAAGGAAUUCAAGUACAAAUGGGGUGGAGAAGACUGGGACCUAGUGGACCGCGUCGUGAAUGCUCAGUUGGAAGUUGAACGGAUCAAGUACCCAGGCCUCUAUCAUCAUUAUCACAGCAAGCAGGAAAUGUGGAGUUAA